AUGGCGCAGCACGGCGGCCAGCAGAAGAUCAACUUUGGCGGCACAGCCUACAAGUUUCACAUAUACAGGGGCGGCGUCCUCGGCGGUGGCGCGGCAGCGGCGUGCCUGGACGACGAUGGAUUCGGCUCCCUGGGCGGCGGCACUGACGAGGGCCUCGACCCACAGCACAAUUGCGCCCCGCGCGCGCGCCUGGACCCCUUCGCGCCCGCGCAGGAGAUAGCUCAGCUAGCGGUCCUAUCGCACCCUGGGGCCGGCCCCCGCGACCAGCAGCAGCAGAAAGAGGAGCAAGAAGGUCAAGAGCAGCAGCCGGCAGACAAGGCGUCUAAUGGCGGCGGCUUCUUCAUUGAGCUGGGGUCCAGCGAUGACGAGGACGAGUCGGAGGACGAGGAAGAGGACGAGGAGGAGCAGCUGCGGCAGAAGAAGAAGCGGCGGCGGAGAAGCGCAGACGAAGCGCAGCAGCAGCAGGAGCGGGAGCGCGAGCAGCGGGGCAGGGGCGAGGGGGGGUCUGACGAGGAGGGGCAGGAGGGGGAACAGCAGGAGGAGGAGGCGGCAGACGAGCCAGAGGAGGAGGAGGAGCCGGAGUUCAUCGGUCUGGGGCUGAGCGCCGAGGCGGCCGCCGCGGCCGGCCUGGCGUCUGACAGUGAGGAGGACCCGUCAGAGGCGGCCGCGCGCCGCGAGGGCCGCGCGUUUGGGUACCAGCCGCCGUGGCACCGUGCGGUGGCUGGGUUCCGCAGCCCCAGCCUAAAGCUGCACAAUGAGAUUGUGUGCUUCUGCAAGAUGCUGGAGCCCACGGUCGAGGAGUCGUCCGCGCGCCGCGACAGCGUGGCGGAGGUGGCCGCGGUGGCCGCGGGCAUCUUCCCGGGCUGCAAGCUAGAGGUGUAUGGGUCCUACGCCACUGGCCUGUACACACCCGCCAGCGACGUGGACUGCGUCCUCACGGGUGGGCCGUGGUCCGGGGUUGGCCUGCCGUGA